AUGAUGCGAGAUCCGCGUCGCCGGAGCCCCGAGAGCUCCCGGCGGCGAAGACGAGAGCGGCGUGAUUCUCGCGAACAGCCCGUUGGCACCACCGUUUCCAGCAUGCCAGGCCCGUCUUCACAACCACAACAAUAUCCUACAUCACAACCCGAGCCGCAAAUGUACUCACAGUCGCAGUACCCCCAACAUUAUGCGGACCCUCAAAGAUACCCCGAACCAGGGAGCUAUGCUCCCAGACCUGACCAAUACAACGAGUCCCCGAGAUACGGAGACCCCCAGAGAUACCCUCAGCCUGAGCGAUACGUCCAGACAGAGAGCUACGCCCAUCCUCUAGACCAAAACACCGAACGCGAUCGAUAUGCCGGACCAUCAGCGCAAGGGCAUCACGAAACGGAGAGAAUGCGCCCCCGAGGCGGCUCGAGUUCAUCAUCUUCCUCGUCGACUUCGUCUUCUUUUUUGAACAUUUCCGCCAAGAGCCCCCGGUUCGGCGGUGUCUUUAGCACCUUUUUCAGAGCACCUUCGGAACAGCGCAAGCGUCGCCGACGGAAGAAGCAGAAGGCUCGCAUUCUUUCUUUUGGCAAUUCGUCCUCAUCUUCGGUCAACUCCGACUUAGCUUAUGGACGCGGCUAUAUUGAACGCGACAAGAGUCAGCGUGGAAGCCCCAUGCCGCCUGGCCAUCCCGGUCUUGCAACACCAACACAUCGGAGCGAACCUGUUGAGGCACGCCAGCCACCAGCACCACCACAACCACCUGCGCCGCGGUCUAAGACCGACGAGGAGAUUCUAGAGAUUGGGCGCCAAUUGCAAGACAUAGCCAGACGCCAGAAUGAUGCCGACUUGCGCGCGGCAGGCAAAUCGCGAUCAGCUCAGCUGGCCGGCGUCGCCGGUGUCGCUGGAGCCGCCGCCGCCUUCAGCCACUUCCGACGUAACAACAAAGGCGACAGCAAAAGCCGAGGGGCUAAUACUUCUAAACCUGGAGAGAGUGGCUCGUCCUCCGACGAUGACUGGGAGUCGGCCUCCGAAGAUGAGUCUUCAUCGGACGGCUCGGAUGCCGGCUUGGCAUAUGGCUCCGAAAUCAAGCCGUCCAAGUCCGCCAGGAUAUCAUCAGAGCCUCCGGAACAGAUUAAGCCACCCGAACGUAAGAGCACCGUAGUGGAUCCCCGUCUCUUCGGCCCCUACAAUUCUCUUCGCGGCGCUGUCAAAAGCCCAUGCGGCUUCGGCGAACAAGAUCCUCGAUCUGCUGGCUCGCAUCGCCGUCAUCAUGAAGAGACAGUCGCACAGGUCCAAUCACCCAAAACUGGUAAACAGCCUAUGCAGAGGGUGUUCCCUGUACCUACCUCAGACCCGGAUAAGUUUGACUAUGAUCGUGGCUCCGUAACCUCGUCCCGACAGGAACUCCCUCAACAUUCGCGGCCCUCCCCUGUCCCCUUGCAACAGCCAAUCCCCAUUGUCCCCGUCUCAUCUAAAGUGUACGAUGCAGAGAGGUUCGUAGAAGAAGAGUCCCGGAACUCCAAACGCUCGCCACCCAAAGGGAGGAGCGCUGCGGAGACCGCUAUUGCCGGUGUAGGCGUUGCAGCCGCAGCAAUCGGUGCGGCAAUGGCCUCUAACCGUAGGGAUUCUGGCGAAUACGUCGAACGCCGUGACGAUCGCCGAAGCGAGAUCCCUGACAGACGUGAUGGCCAUCGUGAAUAUCGGGAAGGCAAUCGGCACGAAGACCGAACGGACCGGCCAGUGAGAAUCGAACUGGAGGACCACGAGCUCCGCAACCAAGGUGACCCCCGCCAGGCGUAUCGCCACAGCAACGUCGAUAUCAUUGAUGAUCGAGACAAGAGGCGAGUCACCCGCGACGACGUCACUCGUGAGUCCAAGAAGCGCGAGCUGGAGACAGAUUCCCGCCCGGAGGUGUACAGGUUGCCCCAAGGCGACGAAAUUCGAGUCGAGUAUGACCCGAACGAAGAACGCCGCCGUCGCGAGGAGCCCAAGGAGCGUCGCAGAGAAGACCGUAAGCCAGAGGUUAUCGUCGAAAGCCGGGAUGCGAAGCGGGUAGAGAAGCCAACUGAGUUACCCCGAGAUUACCAAGGGGUGGAGCAACCCAAGGUCCCCAUUGCACAAGCACCUAUUGACCCUUUUCAGUUCCAGGUUGCUGAUGACGCCUUUCAAACACCUAAAUAUACAACGCCCAAGAAUGCCACACCGAAGAGGCCUUUGACUCCGCAGGUGGUAACGGUUGAUCGUGAGCCAAACUUUGACGACUCGCCCCCAAGGAAGCCCGAUUACUCUGAUGCACGAAUGAGCCGCAAGGAUUCCUUCGAGCUCGAGCAGAGGUUGGAGCAGUACCAGCAGGGAUUUAGAGACCGUGACAGAACUCCCGAGCCACGUCGUCGUGGAGACUCGUUUGAAGAAGAACAGCACGCUGCCAGAUCAAUCUACGAUGAAGCCAAACAUGCAACUGCGCCUAUUUCUGCGGCUGCUGUAGCUUCUGCAAUCGCCGUAGAACUGGAAAGGUCACACAAGCAUCGUAAUGAUCACGUCACCGAAGAUGGUUCACGCGACAGAACCCAGGCUGCGAGGGAUGCCGUGCAGGAAGAGGCUGACAAAUAUUACCGGGAAAUGAUCCUUGCCCGCAAGAUUGCCGAGGAUGAAAUUCGUUCCCGCAGCGCUUCGCCCCAUGAUAAGUCAGUCGUGGGCAAAUGGGAAGAUCAAGAAGGCCCCGAGGUCGUCACUAUUGUGACUCCUCCUGAAAUGGAUCAUCCUCACGAUAAGAGUCCAUACGAUGCGCCCAACGCCGAUGUCCGUAUCGACCACGUCAUCAUCCCAGAUGAACUCUCCCGGUUCCGCCUUCCGACUGAUCAGCUUGCCUCCGGCUCGACGUCAGUAUUCCGGACUCGUGACCCCUCUUGCGAGCGCGAGCGACCACUCUUGAACCUUGUCCUUCCUACACCUAUUGUUACGCCGCGCGCCACACCUGCUCCUGAGCAGCAACAAGAGUCAAGACCCAUAACCAAUACCCAAGACUCGCCGGCGGAAACUAGAUCGGCAGCAGCAAGUGGAGUCUCAGCGCAUCCUUCUUCUGGCACUGAAGUUGUUGUAGGACCGAAGGACGAGGUUAUUGAAAGGCCCACGACACCCGCCGCCAAGUCGGUGACUUGGGGCGAGAAUGAGACAAAGAGUUUUGAGGUUGAAAGUCCAGAACCACCCAAGAACGCCCCAUCCAGUUCUUCCACCAAGUCAAAGAAGCGCAUCGGCAAGAGCUCACCAUGGGGCAUCAUUGCUGCGGCAAUUGGUGGAAGCGGAGCGGCGGCAGCGGCAACGGCGGCAGCGGCUCCUGAAAUCCGCGACCCAUUCGAAAGUGAGACAGAAAACAAGGAGAAACACAGCCCUCCGCAAUCUCCUAAGUCUCGAGCUAUAGAACAUUCGCCAGAGCCCGGGGUUGCUCCUGCUUCUCCCAAACUCGUCACAGCUUUUGACAAAGACGAGGACCUGCCUCCUGCACCUGGCCCGAAACCGUCCAGCCCUCGGGUCUCCCAGAUGCCGGGCUCAUUUGCGGACGAUUUGGAAUUCGCCUCUGUUCUUGCUGCUGGCCUGCAAGAUACCGGAUUUGACCCUAACAUCGUCAUCGAUAACCCGACGUACAUGAGGCGUGAUAGCCCUCCAGGUCAAAACGAACCAGGUCUUUACCAACAGCCUUUUGCGGAAACGGUCACUGACUUGGGCAUCUACGGCCCAGAACACGUUCAUGACGACCCAUCCGCACGUAAGUCAGGCUUUGUCGUCGGUGAAGUACCAGAUUCACCAGUCGCAGAAAAGGACCUCAAACAUGAUCAUGCCGUUUUCGAAUCACCCAGAGGUUAUCAGCACAAAGGAAAGGCUAAGGAGAUCACUGAUUCUGACCAAGAACGCGCUGCCACCGAGUUCGAGCCGUCCAGGAAACUCAGCAAGAAGGAAAAGCGAAGACAGAAAGCUGCCAAAAGACAAAGCAUUGAGAAUGUCCAUGACGAUGUGGCCUACAAUGCUUCUGAGGUUGCGGUACGGCCGGAACCUGCUCCCCUCGCAGAGGGAACUACUGGUUAUGACUGGCACCGCAGCUACAAUGACGUACCUCAGAGCCCCGAAACUGUUGUUGCACUUGGUCCAAAGGCUCGCGGAUAUGCUGACGUUCCCUCUUGGGACUUGCCGGCUUCUUCGCAUACAGACCACCCUUCAGACAGGCCAACCGCUCACGAUUACAACCGAUCAAUUGACGAGCCAACCUCCUCGUAUAGGACCCGUUCAUUUGACGAGCCAAGCUCUUCGUAUACAGGCCACUCAUUUGAUAACACGCCUUCGUAUGACACAACGACAUCUGACAGGCCUCCUGUCGAUGACGACGUGACUGUCCCGACAAAGUUGAGCAAGAAGCAAAAGAAGAAGAACAGAUCCUCGAAGUCAGAUGUCGUUAUUGUUCAAGCCGAUGAUGGAAUGCCCCAAGAAGAGACGGCCUACUCUGAAUCACGGCCGUCUCGUGAGAAGCUGCCUGAAAGCGAAGAACAUGCUUCUACAGAGCCUCGUAAAACCGACGAGGACGUAAUUGACACGUCAAUCAAGAAGAAGAAAAAGUCCAAGAAGUCAAAACAGAGCUCAGAUGAGUGGACCGAUGUCGAGAAACAGAGCGAUGCUCCCUCUUUGAUAGAGAGAAGCACGCCCACAAUGGCUUUCGAUGAUUGGGAUGACCGACCUCCCAAGUCGCGGCGAGAUCGCUCCAGGUUUGAAGACCGUGACGUGAGUUCCGUGGUCUCAGACCCAGCAUCCCGGCUUGAACGAUCUGAUCGCCGAUCUAAUGGCACACGGUAUGAGGACGGUGACGAUGUCAAGUCCGUCGCAUCUGACGGCGCUGGCCGAAAGAGACGGACCCGGGACGACAAAAAGAGUCCAAAGGACGAAGAGAAGCGCAGCAGCAGCUCCUUCUUCAGCUUGUUUAGACCUGGAGGCGUAAGCAGCAAGGACACGUCUGGAAAGGAUGAGAAGUCUUUUUUAGAUAAUGCCGGCACCCUUGGCGCGGGUGCCGGCUUGGCGAGCGCCGUGGCAGCUUUGGGCUCCAUGAUGUCCCGCUCCAAUGCCGCCGAACCUCGACUGGAAGAGUCGUCCGAUGUUCCGCGCUCCCUGGAAGGAGUCGUCAGUCCCUCAGAAGACGCCGAAGUCCUCGACCCUGAAAUCACGCAGCGGACAGUUAGGCCAGCUAUUGAUCCUCAAUAUGGCGACUUUCUACCUUUACCGCCCAGCCCUAUGCCGCCAAGCACUCCCGGCUUUCCCACGCAAGAGUUGUCAGAACUCCCUGCCUUGCCUGACAGCCGCCCAGAAACCCCACCCAAUGAGCGAAGGCGCCAGCAUGAAUUAAAGACACAUGUUCGACGCCGCAGCAACUUGGACACACCCUCUAAAAGCCCGAGUCAGACCGCAGUGCCGUUCAAGCUGCGUUUGGGACAGAGGUCUACGCCGUCAUCCCCCGGUAACUUGGCCCAUGUACCUUCCCCUGUGCCUUCUCCAACAGUGCCAACAGCCCCCGAAACAACUCUCUCAAGACGUCCUUCUGUACGGCCAAUUUCGUGGGAGAGCAGUAGGGAGAUUAAGCCUCUCUACCUACUUGAACAUGCCCGUCAGGAGCAUGCUGCCCAGUCUAUGGAGCCACCCAUUGACUUGCCAGAACUGCCUCCUAGCGAGCCGUCGUCGCGCGAGUCCCCGGCCCCGGAGUUUGCGCUUCGCGAAAAUGACGUGGACUACUUCCGUCAGCUUCAGGCAUCACCAUUCGAGCCGGAUGAACUUCGCAUCAACACCGACAUGUCUCACUUCCCUACAUCAACAGGCUAUCACGGUCCCCAAGAAACCACGCCGAAGGCCAAAGAAGCACUGCAGUACACUGGUGCCAUAUUUGGCCUCGCUUCCCCAGCUCUUCCUGACGUCCCGGAUGCAGCCAGGCAGUUAGAACUUUCAGAGCACGAACUGGCAGAGUUGCCUUCUCUUCCUGCUAGUCCUGUUAGUCCAGCAACUGAGCGCGAGUUAGUAGAUUUGCCGGCUCUCCCUGCCAGCCCGGUGAUCGAGCCCGAAUCUGUAGCUUUCCCUGCUUUGCCUGCUAGUCCUGUAACCAAGUCUCAGCCAGUCGAGGCGUCCAGUUACCCUACAUUCGUCCCCGAGUCGCCUGCUCUUCCUUCCCUCCCCGAUGCAGCCAAGCAAAUGCAUCUGACCGAGAACGAACUUGCAGCCUUACCUCCCCUUCCUACCAGCCCUGUGACGGAGCAGGAGACAUUGCCGGUUCUUCCUUCCGAGCCUAUUGCUUAUAACGAUGUGGAGUAUUUACCUGCACUUCCUGUCAACCCAGUGACAGAGGAGAUAGCAGCAUUGCCUGUUGGUAUCGAUUUCGUUCCCGAGUCGCCUGCCCUUCCCGCCGUUCCAGACGCAGCCAAGCAAUUAGAUCUUUCCCAUCAACUGGAAGAGCUGCCCGCUCUCCCUGCCAGUCCUGUGACAGAGGAGAUAGCAGUAUUGCCUGGUGGUAUCGAUUUCGUUCCCGAGUCGCCUGCCCUUCCCGCCAUUUCAGACGCAGCCAAGCAAUUAGAUCUCUCAGAGCAGUUUCUCUCAGAGCAGUUAGAGGAGUUACCCGCCCUCCCUGCCAGUCCUAUGGUAGAGAAGGAGAUGGCCGUAUUGCCUCCUAGUGUCUACUUUGCUCCCGAGUCGCCUGCCCUUCCUGCCGUCCCGGAUGCAGAUGAACAAUUCGACUUUCCCCAACAGUUAGAGGAGUUACCUGCGCUUCCUGCCAGUCCAGUAACAGAGAAGGGGAUGGCAGUACUGCCUACCGAUGUCUACUUCGGUCCCGAGUCGCCUGCCCUUCCCGCCAUUCCAGAUGCAGCUAAGCAACUCGAUCUUUUGCAUCAACUGGAAGAUUUGCCUGCUCUCCCUGCCAGUCCUGUGGUAGAGGAAAUGACAGGACUGCCUACUACUCCCUAUUUUGUUCCCGAGUCGCCUGCCCUGCCCACCGCCCCGGAUGCAGUCAAAUACCUACAUCUCUCAGAGCAGUUAGAGGAGCUACCUGCACUUCCUGCUAGUCCAGUAACAGAGAAGGAGAUGGCAGCAUUGCCUACUAGUGUCAACUUCGCUUCCGAGUCGCCUGCCCUUCCCGCUGUCCCAGAUGCAGUUAAACAACUCGAUCUUUCGCAACAAUUAGAGGAGUUGCCUGCUCUCCCUGUCAGCCCUGUGGUAGAGGAGAUGGUGGUGCUGCCUGCUGCUCCCACUUUGGCGCCCGAGUCGCCGGCCCUUCCCGCAAUUCCAGAUGCAGCCAAGCGAUUGGAUAUCGCGGAACAGUUAGAGGAGUUGCCUGCUCUUCCUGUCAGUCCUGUGGCCGAGUCUGCGGAUUCACGCACUGGCUUCAGUCUCGCAACCGAAUCAUCUUCUCUCCCCGUUGUUUCAGCUGCAGAAAAACAGCCGGAUCUUGAUGAACGCUACUUGAAAGACCUGCCUGCUCUUCCUGCUAGCCCUGCGACGUCUCCGGCGGCAGGAGAACCUGAGCCAGAGCCAGUGGAAGCCAUGUCCAAGGACAGAAGCACGCCACCCAGUCCUACACCAAGCCAGCCCCGCGAUACUACCGAAGCACUGGCCGGCAUCGAGGAUGUAAACCUUUCGGGAGCUCGUGACGUUACCCUUGUUGCCCUUGCCGGAAGUACUGCAGUUGGCCUUGCUGCAGCCGCCCUUGCUCAGGACGAAAAGGCUGGGAACGAGCCCAAAGAGGCCGAGUCUGAAACCAAGGACUCGGAGGCUUCUCAACCAACAGAUCCGCCUGCUGAUACGAAGUUAUCCAAGAAAGCCAAGAAGAAGAAGAGGAAGAGCAAGGGCAUGUCAGUCGAUAGCCCUGCACUUGCCACCCCCGAGAUUGCCUCCUCUUCUGAACACACAGACAAGGGCGUAACUUUGCCUACAGCUGACAUUGUUCUGCCUAUUUCCACUGAUGAUAAAGUACCGUCCAGCGACAUUGCUCUCACUGCACCCGCUGAAGAACCUACGCUUCCAUCAACCGAGAUCAGCACUCUUUCUUCAACCGAUAAAACCAUUGUUCCGCUGUCUGUAACUGGAGAAUUUCGUCACGAUUCAACUGAGAAGGAUGUGGCGCGAUCAAUCGAUAUGGCACCUGCAGCAUUGACUGAUAUGGCUGGACCAUCUUCAACAGACGUCAUUGUGUCCUCCCCAACCGAUCUCACGCCCCCCACAACAACUAAGCUAGAGACGGGCCCAUCUUUGCCAUCUGGGACCGACAACGUUACCGCGCUGGCUGAUAGUCUCCCCAUCGAUGUGCCUUCGACCGAAACCCCCAUUAUUGAACCGCUUUAUUGUGAGGUUCCCUCGACUGAAGUCUCUGCAGCGGAUGUUCCGGUCCCCGAGUCUCCCUUGUUGAAGUCUGGUGAUCAAGACGCUUUGCCAUCAGCUGAUAUCAUUCUCCCUACUCCUGAGAACAACGACUUGACAUCCGAUGCCACCAGGUCUGUUUCACCCGAAGACAAUAACCCUGCCUCUGUUGAGCCCACUCAACCCAUGGCAUCUGUAGACAGGAGUUAUGUGCCGGAGGAUGUACCAGUCGUAUCAGGCGCUAAAGUCAUGGUUUCUUCAUCUGGCAAUGUUCCCGUGGAUCAUGAGGUGCCCACAACUGAAGCCACCGUAUCUCUUGCCGCCGCAGUUGUUGAGUCUGCCGGUCCAGCGCCCUCAGCUGAAGAUCUCUCCGCCGAGAAAAAGCUGUCCAAGAAAGAGAAAAAGAAGCUCAAGAAAGCGCAGGCACGGGGUUUAGAGCUUGAUAACCUCACCGACUUGAGCGAGCAAAGCAAUAAGGCCCCUUCUGAUUUAGAACCAUCUGCGGUCUCUUUUCCUGAGUCUGAACCAACAGGUCCCUUGCCCGAAACCGAAGUAGCGGUUGCUCCGUCACACAGCGCUGAAAUACCAAUUUCUAUGCCUGAUAUGGAGCCCACUGCAGAUGCCACUGAGGUUGAGCAGAUCAUAAUGCCACCGGUUGCUGAGACUCCAGUCCCCGAGACAAAGAAGAGCAAGAAAAAGAAGAAGAAGGGAAAGAAGGUCUCCGAUGCAGAUGACGAGUCCGUAGCAGCCACAGAGACUGGCAAAACCAUUGAUGCUGCCUCGGAAUCGGCGACUCCAAUUCCUAAGCACAAGGAAAAUUCAAUCAACUCUGAAGAAACUCCAAAUGUGCCUGAACCUCAAGACCGCGUUCCUGAACAGGAUCGGUCGAACAUUGUGGGUGAGGCCUCAGCGGAGCCACUUUCCUCGAUUCUCUUGCCAGAGAGUUCCCCGAUAGCGUUGGACGGCGUCACAGAGCAGCACACUCCGGUUCAAGACUUCGUGGAGAAGCUAGCUAUUGCAGAGGAGCCUCCGUCUGACUUGAAGCCUUCUGCUGCUAUCGAAAAGGAGGAAUCAAGCGGUUUGGAGGCUGUCGUAUCCGAUCCGGAUUUUCCAGCUGCCACACAUGAUGAUCAACCAGCCUCUGUGGAUGAAGGCUUAGCAGAGCACCAAACUCGUCUCACUCUGUCCGAAGAACAACCAAUCACUGUGGACAUUGAUUCCACUCAACCAGUUGCUGCCCUUGAAACAGAUGCUGUACUUGCCACCUUAGACAACAGCCCUUCGGAGAAGGAAGCCCUUCUUCCUGAGAUUGGUCAGACCGCUCAAGAGACACCUGCCGAGGUACAUGGCACUGAGGUAUCUGCAGAAACAUCUGGCGAGACACCAUCUACUCCAACUUCCAAGAAACAGAAGAAGAAGAAGGGUAAGAAAAACCAGAUUGUUGAGGAUGAGUCAACUGUUACCAUCGACUCUAAGCCUGCCGAUACUGAGCCAAUUUCACGCGUGGACCUUGUCAGCCAGAACACAGACAUGACGCCUCAUAUUAGCUCUGAACCAGCUCUCACGGAGUCCGAAGAUUUGAAUGCUGUGGCAAAGCUUGCCGACAACAGUGACGCACUUUCUGAGCCACCCGUUCUGGACGUUGCAAACCCAAUUACGUCGAUUGUAGACAUUCCUCGCGAGACGUCGGAGCCAGUGUCUACUGAGCCGGCUUUGGUCGCAGUACCGCUCGCAGAAGAUGCUACCGUUGCAACAGCCGAAGUAUUUUCUGCCACAGGCGACAACGAAACAGCGCCCUUUGAUCCUGCACGCAUGGACACGGGGCCGGCACUGGCUGAACCGCCACAAUCAGAGCAAUCGGGCAAGAAAAAGAAAAAGAAGAAGAAGGGCAAGGGAGCAUCUAUCUCGCAGCUGGAUGACGUCAUAGCCACAGAGACCACGUCCAUCGAGUCCUCUGCCCUUGCCGUUGAAUCUCCCGUUGUCGAGGCUCCUGUUGUCGAGGCUCCUGUUGCUGAGACUCCUACGGUUGAGACUUCUGCUACUAGACCCUCUACUGCUGAGGUACCGGCUGUCGAGACUCCUACGGUUGAGACUCCUACGGUUGAGACUCCUACGGUUGAGACUCCUACGGUUGAGACUCCUACGGUUGAGAUCAUCACUGCUGAACCCUCUACCACUGAGGCUCCGGUUGUUGAGACUCCCGUAAUUGAGGCUCCGGUUGUCGAGGUUCCUACGAUUGAAAUUUCUGCCCCUGAAUCCUCUACUGAGGUUCCGGUUGUCGAGACUCCUACGGUUGAGACUAUUACUGCUGAACCCUCUACUGCUGAAAUACCGGCUGUCGAGACUCCCGUAAUUGAGACUCCUGUUGUCGAGACUCCUACGGUUGAGACUCGUACGGUUGAGGCUUCUGCUACCGAACCCUCUGCUACCGAACCCUCUGCUUCCGAGAAACCGGCUGUCGAGACUCCCGUAAUUGAGAAUCCUGUAGUUGAGACUCCUAUUGUUGAGACUCCUACGGCUGAGACUCCUACGGUUGAGACUCCUACGGUUGAGACUCCUACGGUUGAGACUCCUAUGGUUGAGACUCCUACGGCUGAGACUCCUACGGUUGAGACUCCUACGGUUGAGACUCCUACGGUUGAGACUCCUACGGUUGAGAUCAUCACUGCUGAACCCUCUACCACUGAGGCUCCGGUUGUUAAGGUUCCUAGGAUUGAAAUUUCUGCUCCUGAAUUCUCUACUGAGUUUCCGGUUGUCGAGACUCCUACGGUUGAGAAUCCUGUAGUUGAGACUCCUAUAGUUGAGACUCCUACGGUGGAGACUUCUACUCCUGAUCCCUCCACUACUGAGGCUCCGGUUGUUAAGGUUCCUACGAUUGAAAUCUCUGCCCCUGAAUUCUCUACUGAGUUUCCGGUUGUCGAGACUCCUACGGUUGAGACUACUACUGCUGAACCCUCUACUGCUGAAACACCGGCUGUUGAGACUCCUGUUGUUGAGACUUCUAUUACCGAGACCCCUUCGGUUGAGACUUCUGCUGCUGAAUCCUCCACUACUGAGGAUUCGGUUGUCAAGACUCCCGUAAUUGAGGCUCCUGUAAUUGAGACUCCAAUGGUUGAGACUAUUACUGCCGAACCCCCUGCUACUGAAAUUCCGGCUGUGGAAACUCCUGUGGUCGAGAACCUUCUAGCUGAGACUCCCACUAUCGAGACUCCUGCACUUGACAAUACUGCCGAGAAGCCUGCAGCUGAGAAUCCUGUAGUCAAGACCCCUACUGUCGAGCUGUCAGAUGCUGAAAAAUCUAUAGUUGACACUCCAGUUCCUGAGGCCUUGACCGUUAAGAAGGCAUCUAUUGAAUCGUUAACGUCGGAGGUGCCGUUUGCGGAGACGACCACCGAUGCAAAGACUAAGGAUUCAGUUUCAAUAGAUGAACAACUGGCAGAGAAUGCUUUGCCUCCGGUCCAGGUCGAAAAAGAGUCAAGCGAACAAACAAAAGUCAUUGCAGAUACCUCAGAGGUGCCAGUCCCUUCUUCCGCAGAUUAUUCUGAGCAGAAUCCCAAUACUCCCCUUCCAGUAGAGGAGCUUGUCAAAUCUUCUAAGAAGUCAAAGAAGAAGAAGAAGAAGGAUAAGAACGUUUUAACCGCAGAAUCCGAACCCCCUGCUCUUGUCCCUGACGUUUCGGGUGGGUCUGCGGAUACCAUCGCGCAAAGUGCACUGUCAGAAAAGGUUGUCGAGGGAGAUCAUGCAGAUGCCCAGAGCCUGGACACGCACGAAAGUCAAACGAACCCAACAGAUGCCUCCCUGGAAGAGCAGAAAGCGGAGGAAGACUCGCAAGUAACUAUUCUUGAGUCGCAGGAGCCCACAGCUGGCCAGAUCGAGGAAUCUACUACCCCUGCAGACGCCCACCUUCCGCUUGAUCAGGAUGGGGUACCCGGAAGCCUCUCACAGGAGCCAACUUUGCUUGAGAGUCAGACUGAAGCGAUUGAUACGAAAUCGCAAGAGCCACUCGCCGAAAACGAGGAAAAUCAGAACGUUGAGCCCUCAGUCGAACCCGACGCACCAAUCACUUCCAAGAAGAGCAAGAAAAAGAAGAAGAAGGAAGCUGCGGCUGCGGCUGCGGCCGCGGCUACUGCAGCGCUGGAAGCGUCGGUCGAGGACACGCUCCAAACCCAGGAUGAUAAUGCGGAGGCAAAGGACGAGACGAGUACGGACAACAAGGACUCAAACAUCACAUCAGACAAGAUGGGGGACACGGAACAAUCGCCGCAAGAACCCCCUUUAAGCGGAGAAUUCGCAUCGGACAGCAAGAUUUCAGAGGAGGCAGACCCAGGGCCGGCUGUUACCAAAAAGGGAAAGAAAAAGAAGAAGGGCAAGAAGUCAUCAGCCUUGGACCCGGAGACUGAGAACAGCCCUUCCACAAGUAUCCCCGAAACCACGGCAGAUGUAGCGAAUACAAUGGACAAGUCCGCUUAUAUUUCCUCUCCGACGGGAGAGCUUGGCAGUGACGCACUUCCCUCCCCGCAAGCAGGCACCUCGACAGAGGCUGAGUGGCCACCUGCUGCAAAUACGGGUGAGAGCAAGCAGAAAUCCGUGACCUGGGCACCAGAACUGGAAUCCUUCGCGAACAGUCCUGAACUUCCUUCUCUAGAAGAUGACGAUGGCUCAAGGAGCCAAAGUGGUGCAGCAAACCCCCCAACCUCCGAACAACUGCCCAGAAUAGUGCCAAGUGAUCCUCCGGGUCAAUCAGAUGCAGCAGAUUUACAGGGAACCGCAGUCGUACGAGAGGCACAGGGUUCAAAGACCAUCGAUCUCGACCAGACAGCCGCUCCUGUGGCAGACAAGGAUUUGGACCUCGACAGCCAAGCUCAAAUGCACCCUGUAGGCCAGGUCGGCCAGGCCCUGCCUCAACAGCGCGACAUUGCGACCGGCGACAAUCUUCCGGCAUCUACUGAGCUGACCGUAACGCGGGGAAUCGCGCCAGAGCCAAUUGCCACUGAGCAAAUAUACCUCCCUUCCGCUAAUCGCAUGCUCCUAACAACUGCAUCUAUGGAUGACGCUGGGGUGGCUAACCGGAAGGGCGGUGAGACACUGGAGCGGGAGCAGGACGCGGAGCAGGAGGUUAGCGGCGAGGCUGAUACAACCUCGGACGCCGAACAUGCGGGCCGCCCUGGCAUCAUUGACAAACCAUCUGCGAGUACAAGCGCCCAAACGGGAGGGGUCGGCAUCAUGGACCCCAGUCUGCAUGCGGGUGUGGAGCCGGAAAAUGGACUAGGGCACGACAAAUCAGUGGUAGACACGCAAAACGGGCGGAUGACGGAUGCCCAAUCCGUGGGCCCGGCACUCACCGACUCGGCUCUGGAGGCUGGUGACCCACAAAACACCCCGGUUCGCGUCUUGGCAAACCAAGACACAAACCCGGAGAUCCCCCAACCUCUGGAUGAGGUACCCAGGUCAUUGGAGGUUGGCAAAAAUUCUGACGCGGGGAUUACUGAAGCCGCUGAAACUUUCCCGGAAGACGAGGAGCUCAAUGACAUUUCGAACGUCGGGAAGUCGGAACAGAAGAAGAUUGAGCAAGAGGACUCAGUUCCCCUCGCCGCUGAUGCUGAACUGCCAGGUCAGACAGACACCUCGGAAUUCCUUGGUGAACCGAUUGCCUCGGAGCAGCAAUUAGAGUCACCUUCUGAGACAUUUUCAGGUCUUGAGCCCACAGGGGUUGUGAACACCUCCCAGAGCCCCGACAAGCUUGAGGAAUUGCCUGGCCAAGUAGCCGACGUUUGGUCUGAGCCCUCAGGCUCAAACAAGAUGUCCAAAAAAGACAAAAAGAAGAAUAAGAUUAAGGCUGCCGCUGCCGAGAAGACAUUCCAGGAUGAGAUUCAAGAGAUCAAAGCUCAGGAUGUGGAUGAUGGACCCCCGGCUGUUCUACCCGUUGAUUCAACGGAGCUGGCGGAGCCAGCGCUCACACCAAACGUUUCUAGCAGUUCGAACCUGGCCCCCAUGACUGAGGCGAUCGAGGCCGGUGAGGAUGAAUGGGCAAUUCAACCAGCCAGCAAGAAAAGCAAGAAAGACAAGAAAAAGCGUGCCGCAAACCAGUCAGCAGAAGUGACGGUUGAUGCAACCACCCAGGGGGAGGAACCUGUUCACGGAACCCCGGUAAUUGCUGAAGAGAAACCUCAGCCCCAACCAAUCGGCAGCCAUGAAGCGUCAAAUACGGAUGCUGUAGAAGAUGAACAUCCAACUCUUGAUAGCACAGCUGAAACUUCCAUGGAGGCUUCUGGAAGCAAAAGCUCUGCGAACGAGGAGCUUCAAACCGUCGCCGAAGGCGCGCCAGAGGACGAUCGCAACUCAACACAUCCAGUCGAUGAUCCACUGCCAGACCCGGUUGCUGCCACUGCGAAUGAGCAGCCGCAUGUGCCCCAAGACACUGAUACGACUGAUUUUGAAUUUCCGACCAAGAAAGGUAAAAAGAGCAAAAAGAAGAAGCAACAGAUACUUGAUGGAGAAGAUGCUCAGGAAGUUUCCAACCACACAGUGCAGGUUGAGCAGCAGCCUAAAUAUGAGGAAGGCGCCAGCGCUGUUCCACCUGCCGACACAGUCUCGGGCGACACAGAACCUCAAAUUUCUGAAGACGCCCAGCUGCCGACCGAGGCAGCACCUGAGAUGCCAUCAAAGGCCUCAGAAGAUGACGAUGUGAAUUUGACAUCCGACCAGCAAGAAGCUGCAACAACGCCUGCGCUUGGCUUACAGCCGAUUACCGGUGAAUUGGACGCUCUUCAGGAAGGUUCACAAUCAAUACCUUCGACAACUGUUGAGAUAACGCCGGCAACUCAAACUCCUGAUAUUUCGACGAUAGAUGAACCUCUUGAAUCCGGCGAUUCAAUUACAAAAUCACUGGAAGGACCAGCACACGCUCCGCAAACGACACCUGAGACCACUGGCGACAACACGCCCGCUCACUUGGAAGACGAGUUUACGUCUAUCACCAAAAAGUCCAAGAAAGACAAGAAGAAAAAGAAGAAGGGCCUUGCGACCCCGGACGAAGUUGACGUCGCGCGAACGCUGGAGCCUAUACUUGAACAAGCAGGUUUCCGAGAAGAACAGCCAACUUCAGGCCCUCUAAAUAUGCAGACUGCGGAGCCAAUAAACGAAUCGACGGAAAAGAAAGUCGUUUCCGAGGAUCCCAUCACUGUAACUGACAUGCAAUCCUUACGUCCUGAAGAGCCUACAGUUGUGGAUGAAGGUCCCAAACCUGUCGAGGAAGAUGCACCCAUCUCAAAGAUGUCGAAGAAAGACAAGAAAAAGAAGAAGAAGAACGCUGCCGCCGAGACUACGGGGGAACAGCCGACAGUUUUAGAGACCGAGGCAGUGCCCGAUCAGCCAGCUGCGGCAGAGGUUGACGAAACAAGCUUGCCAGAUAUAGCAGACUCUAGCAACUCGCAAGAGAUCUUGGCCCAAGAGCCAUUCGCCACCCAUGAAGACACACUGCCAACAGAAGACCUACCUGUUCAAGAUCAACAUAUGGAGAAGCUUGCCGACGACGGCGAUGUUGCCGAAAACGAACUGAUCGAUCAAAAGCCCAUUGAUGAAAAGCCUGCUGAAGAUACGUCUGCUUCUGCUGCAAAGAAAUCGAAAAAGGACAAGAAAAAGAAGGCAGCGGCAGCAACACAAGAACUUUUGUCUGAAACGGCGGCCGAACCAGAGAAUCUUCCGGAUGUGGUCUCUCUUCCGGAUUCUCAAGAACGCCAAGUUCUAGAUGUCUCUGUAGACGAGCAGUUGCCCAAGACAGACUCACCCGGAGACCAGGUUGCAACAGCUGACAACGAAGAUCCUUCAAUCGCUGAGGACAUCCAGAAGACCAGAGUUCCAAAACUUACAGAAGGCAAGGAUUUAUCGCAGUCUGAGACAAUCGUUGAUCCAGAGGAAGAAUUUGAAGUUCCUCAGAAGAAAUCAAAGAAGAACAAGAAAGGGAAGAAACCCCAGCUCGAUCCACUUAUUGAGCCCGAGACCCAGCCGGAGGAAACAAUUACUAGCGAACCCGUCGCUCCGAGUGCUGCUGUGGAGCCAUCAACGCCCGAGAACGUUGGAGACGGCGAAAAUGUCAUUCCUGAGAAUACACCAGCUUUGGAGGGAGAGACAGAUGAGAAGGAGAGAGCUGGAGACUCUACGAGUGUUGAGACGAAUCAAUUUGCUGAUCCUGAGCAUGAAUUUCCUCCGGUGGGCAAGAAAGCCAAGAAAGACAAGAAAAAGAAGACAGAAUCUGCACCUACCAUCACUGAGCCUGAACCAGAAGCUCAGUAUCCGACAGCCAACCCAAUUGAGACUGAGAAAAGUAUUGGUGCCGCAUCAACAUUAGCUGAAUCCAAUCUCAUCGAGCACGAAGCCGCAGAUUCUCAGAAGAACGACCCGCCUCCUGAUAUUCAAACGACACCUGCUGAAGCUGAAGAUCAGCCGCGAGCUUUUGCACCUGAAGCUGUUAUCGCUGACGACGAGUUCCCCUUGACUGGCAAGAAAGCAAAGAAGGUCAACAAAAAGAAGGGCAAGGUUCUCGAUUUGACUGAAGCUGAGCCUGCUACCGAGCCUGCGACUGACCCGAUUGAAAAGACUGCUGAGCAGCUCCCGGCAGAAGCCAUAGACAUUUCAGCUGACACCAGAGCGGAUCAAUCGGAACAGCACAAGAUUGACGAUGAGGCCGGCGACAAAGACCCCAUGGAAACGGUGCAGACAACCUCUGAUACGGCAAAAGGUACUGCAAUCGAACCUCAAAAUCCUCGCCUGGUAGACAACGAGCCCUCUUCGCCUAAGUUGUCAAAAAAGGACAAGAAAAAGAAGAAGAGGGCCAAGCAACAAGAUGAUCCUAGCUCUCCUUCUGGCACAUCAACAGCCGCCAAAUUUCAGACCUCUGAAAUGCCGGAUGAACCGUCUUCUACCGCCCAAGACUCUCAACAUGGUGAUGUUAUGACCGCUUCACUCGAAGCAGCCCCUGCAUUAGACGAGCGUGCUAAAGAGCUCCUUGUUGCCCAGGUAGAGGAUGGUGCUGCAGCAGCACCAGAAACAGAAGCAUCCGCAAUCCCUUUUUUGGCCAACCCAACAAGUCAAGAGGAGUCAUCUGCAACGACAAUAGACCUCCAAGAGGAUUCCGCUGCACUUGACGCCGAUAAGGAGUUUCACAGUGUAACUAAAAAGUCUAAGAAAGGCAAGACGGACAAAUCUUUGAAAGAACCUGAAGCUGAAUUACCAGUUUCCAUGUCCACUCCGUCGGAAGAGCUGGGCGAAGCUCACUCAGCGGCCGAGCCUUCGAUGGUGAAGGAACCUGAAAUUGUUGAAUCGCUACUUCCAGAAGCAACCGACAUAGCAGUUGACCCCGUCUCGGAGUCUACAGCUCCUCUACCUGAGAAUGAUUCUCCCCACACGGCCAAGAAGUCGAAGAAGGAUAAGAAAAAGAAGAAGGGUAAAACCGUUGAUGAGGAGUCGCUCGAGCCAGAAACUUCAAAGCCUGUACCUGUCUCAGAGGGCGAAGAACAACACUUGGCUACCACUGCUGAUACCAAAGAGGGGUUGAAAGCAAUGGCAACCUCGCAUACCUCGGAAGAGCCAAUUCUUGACCCAUUUGAGACAAGCACCACACCCUUCGCCGAAGAUGUUGCUGAAGCUUCCGUCGAAGCCCCUGUCGUAAUCGGCAAAGCUUCUGAGGAGCCAAGCCAACCAGUGGAGCCUCCUGCGCCUGAGGCGACCAGUGUUGAACAGCAGCCGGGCGAAGCUUCUGAAGCCCUAGCCACAGCAGACCCGCUUGAUGACGAGUGGCCCGAGGCGGCAUCUGCCAAGAAGUCAAAGAAUAGCAGCAAGAAGAAAGAGUCUAAGGCUCAAGGUGAUUUGGAAGAGAAUCCCGGGUCAGCGGCCCUGCUGGAAAUGCCAACCGAAGAGGCUCAAGCGGAAGCAGCAACAACCAACGAUACUACGGAGAUCGAGAAAUUAAAAGCUUCUGAUGAUGCAGUGACCCCACUUACCAUUCCCGCUGAGGUGGAACCCGAAGCUACUCUCCAAGAUGAUAUCAUCCGCGAGGCUACUCUUGAAGAAAAACAGCUGCAGCCUUCGCUAGCAAACCAGUUGGGCGAGCAGGGUGCCGCGGCCGAGCUCCUUUCUUCCGCGCCCGAACCAGAGAAAGCAGUGGCAGAACCGUUGCUUGUCGAGGAACCCACAGAAUUCAUUGUCAAAAAGUCCAAGAAGGACAAGAAGAAGAAGAAAAAAGGGUCCGUCGAUGAGCCUGAGCCCGAAACUAUUGCAGUUGACAGCGAAGAGCUACCUGUAGCACCGCAGGAACCCGUCACGGCCGUCAUAGUAAAUACUGCUUCUGAAUCUGCCAUCGUUGAACCAGCGACCCCUGGAACUGCUGUCAUUAUUGAGAAGACUCCCGAUGAAUUCCCGACUAGCGAACACGAACAUGAGACCCGGGACCCGACGGCAGAAAGCCAGGAACAGGUCACAUAUCUAACAAAGUCUGUUGAUGUGGUUUCAGAGUCGCAGGCGGUAGCAGUUGACGAGUGGCCCGAAGUUUCAGACGCCAGGAAAAGCAAGAAGGACAAGAAGAAGAAGAAGAAGAAGAAGGGAGGUUCAGAGGCUGAUGGCCAAGCUGCCGAGCCUUCACUGAAGCUUGACUCGACUUUACAGUCAGAAGUUAAAGACCCUGUAGCGCCAGGUUCCGAUUCUUUGCAGGCAGAUAAUACUGUUUUGAGAGUUGACGACGAUGUUGCACCAGAGAAGGCGGCAGACGAGCCCAUCACAACUGAUGAAGAUGCCCUAUCGAAAACAUCAGAAGCUAUUGCUACCUCUGAAUUACCACAAGAUCUGGCCAAGGUGACCGAGAAUGCCGAAGUUGCCUACCAAACGCCCCCUGAAGAAACAAAUGCGGUAGCUGAAGGGGCGUUAUCCCAUGAGCCGUCUGCUGAGGAACCACUUACGGAAGCAGACGCUUCGAAUGAUAGGAUCGCCGAGCCUGUCUUGAAAGGUGUUUCUGACAACGCAGCUGAUGAGUUCGUCGGGCAAACGUUGGAAAAGUCAGUUGAACAAGUCGCCGAACCCACCAAAGCAGUAGACGAGCUACAAGAGAACUUCGUUGUCAAAAAGUCCAAGAAAGAUAAGAAGAAGAAGCGUGGCAGCCAGGCAUUGUUGGAUGACAACGAAACUGCUGUCCCGAAUUACACAGAGCCAGCUGCGCCAAGCCCUUCGUCUGAGCUGCCGCUGAAAAGCCUAGAACUGGAGGAGACAAAUCAGUCAAGCCCUGACAUCAAUGAUGCCACCCGUGACCUGGUCGCGGAAGGAACUGUCUCUAAGAAGUCGAAAAAGGACAAAAAGAAAGCAAAGGCUCUUUCUUUGGCGAACGAGCCUGUUGUCCUACCUGAAGAACAGGCCAGCUUCUCUAAGGCUCCACCCGCCUUAGGUGAUGAAGAAUUAGGCGUGAUACACCAAGCGCCUAUAUCUGCUGAAGUGCCAGGGAAGUCAAAGACAAGCACGCAAAAGGUUGAUACAAUCCUUGGCGCCGACAGCCCUCAGCCCGUUUCUCAAUCUAUCUCUACCUUGCAGGGCUUGGACGCUGUGGUUGAAAAGGACGCUUCGGAGGCAACACGCUCCCCAGCAGAGGUUUCUUAUGAUUCUGCCAAUCGAUCUAUCGGGGAAUCCACUAGCAAACUUGGAUUUGACAAUGAUGAAUGGGACGCUCCCAUGGUUAAGUCAAAAAGGAGCAAAAAGGGAAAAAAACAAUCAAUGGUGUCUUCUCAUGAGGCAUUUGAACCAUCGGGAACGGUCCUGCAGCCGGCACAGGAAACCAGCAGCGUCGUUCACGAAGUCCCGUUUGAUCAGUCAGACAAACGUAAGAAAAUAAAGACGGAAGAACAGUCGGGCACCCUUCUGCCAGAGCCGAUCUUGAGCUCCCAGGACAUUGCUGCUGCAUACCUAGAGGAAGAUGUCAGUCAUGACAACAGCACUGCCAGUGAAACUAUAAAAGACCUAGGUAAAUCCUCGCUACCAACACCAGCGCCUGAAAGCCCUCGAAGCCAAGGAUCCUUUGAGCCUGAGCUUGUCAGGCGUGCUCCUCGCCAGCAACCUGAAGAAUCAUUACCUCGCGACAUCACCGCUUCAUCCCUGGAGUACAAGGGUGAUCAUGAUCCAGUUGAAACUGCUAAACCAGCAACUCCAGAAUCGCAACAUCAAGGGGCCGAGUCAGUGACCGCAGCUGGCGUAGCAGCGAUUGCGGCGGGGGCAGCAGCUCUCAUUAGCAAGUCCGCCAGUGAAAAGAAAAAGGAAAAGAAAAAGUCAAGAUAUACCGACAAGCGCACGUCUCAAGAAGACGACAUGUUUGACGAUCCAUCUCUCUGGGAGGGUGCCGAUAAGAAACAUGUUAGCGAAACUGCCAGUGAGGAAGUUGAAAAAUUCUGGGGCGGCAUUGAUCCUGACAACAAGCACAUACAAGAGCCAUCAGUUCGUACAGAUGUCAUGGACGGGGCAUCCAACUUCAAUACCCAAGAGCAACAGAAGUCAAAUCGAGACAAAGCUUUAGCUGACGAUGAUGUCUUUGCGCCUAUCGCAGUGGUGGCCGCCGGAGCUCAGCCAAGUUACAUCGAGGCGGAUGACUCGACAACAUCCAGGAACAGAGACAUUGCCAUGAAGGAGCCGCUAGUAGAUAUAAAACCAACAGCUGAUCAGCCAAGCAAAGCCUCGGUUUCACGGUCAUUGACGGAAGACAACCAUACGGAAGAAAUGAGAGACAUUGGAAAUGAGACCAAGAAUGCCCUAAGCUUAACAGCGCCACUCAGGGAGAAGGCACAGGACGAUAUUGUGGAAAGCCCUAUCCUUGGUCGGGAACCGGGCACAGAGCCGCCUGAGGUAAUCGCCGAGAGAAACGACCGCUCGUUGACUACACAUUCCGAAUCACCCAAGGCAAGCACAAUGGUCGGAGAAUUAGAUGAAGCGGUCGACCGUGGUUACGAAGUCGAAACUCGUCGCGAACUGUCAGGUGGCCUGCCAUCGGAAAGCCCUGAAAGAAACUUUGAAGCCAGUGGCUUCCGGAGCCCGGUCCCCAGCAUUUUGCCGCCUGUUCAGGAGGAAGCCCACGAAGAUGUUGAAACUCAGUCAAGAUCUCUCCCCAAAACAGCCUCCCGAGGAGCCCUUCGCACGCCAGAGCCAAUCCGGGAUAGUGGUUUCGUGGCAGGUUCGCCGAAUCCUCUAAGACGAAGUGGAUUCGACGGCCAGGAACGUGAACGAGACAGCGGCGUCCUUCGUGACUGGCAGGACACAACAUUGCAAGGGCGGGACGCUAAGCGCACGCCUGAGCCAUCCAGUCAUCGGGAACGACGAAGAUCUCGCGAGGCAGAGAGAGUGAAGUCGCCAGCUGUGAAAGAUGUACUACGGCGAUCACCCUUUGCUGAGGGAGAAGCACGAGAUUACCCGCUAUCCAGAACUCCAGUGCUACGAGAGCCAAGUGCUCGAGAGCUGACUCCAACUCCGGAGCCACACAAGCAAAGGCGCAUCAGCCCAGAGCUGGAGAGGAGAAGAUCCAAGUACCAAGACUUGGCCUCAGCAGCUUUAGCCGGCGCAGCAAUUAGCAGUACAUCUACACCGCGCAGCACACCUCCACCGGGCAAUCGCAGUGUGUCAGAGAGGGUUGCACUGCUGCAGUCGCCUGCGUCUUCCGAACCCCCUGUAGCGCGAAGGUCCAUCUCCAAUAGCAGCCUGUCGCGCCACAGGCGGGCUAUGGGUACACCAACGCCGGAACCACUCGUUUUCCGGCCUGAAAGCCCAGGCAUCUCCAGACCAGGCACAGCCACCCCGCCUCUCCGUCGAGUUGACAGGCGUAUGAGCGGAGACCUACGAUCUCUCAGCCAACGAAGUCAGCAAGACCUCACCAAGGACCCGACCAGCUCAUCAAAAACCCCAGUCGCCAAUGAAGGUCGUGUCCGAACUAAGGACAUGGCCGACGUCUAUGAUGGCUUUGGUGAGGGUCGCAUCGGCUCUCCCCGAUCGCCCACUCGACCUCACAGCAUGCGCCGACGUCAGAGCAUGCAAGUUCUCGAGCUUGAAUCUCGUGUCGAGCAACUGAUGGCCGAGAACCGUAUGCUCGCCGACGCUCGAACCCACGCCGACUCUCACAACAACAACAAUAGAGCUUCCGGUAUCCUCGCAGAACGCGAUGCCGAAAUCGACGUGCUUAAACAAUCGCUCGAAUUUCUACAAAAGGAGGUGGCUCGGUUGACCGAAGUCAAUGAAGGCCUGAACAGCGCAAACACCCAACUUGCGGCCCAACACAACGAACGGUACCGUUCAUUGGAGACGCAACACGCUGAUGCCUCACGUCAACUAGAGGAAGUGCGCAAUGAACAAGGUUACUUUCAAGAGUCCCUACUGCAAAAAGAUGCAGAGAUUGGCCGGUUGCGCUCAGAGCUCGACGCUGCCAAGGACAAGAUCCGUGAGAUGCAACGCCAGAUUCUGGCCACCAAGGGCGCUGAUGCCGACUUCCUCAACGUCAAAGACGUCGAUCAUUUCGACCACAGAUGCCAACAGCUCUGCUCUCACGUACAACAAUGGGUUCUGCGCUUCUCCAAGUUUUCUGACAUGCGCGCCUGUCGGUUGACGAAUGAAAUUAAUGAUGAGAAGGUUAUCGACCGUCUCGACAAUGCCAUCUUGGAUGGCACUGAUGUGGAUACUUAUCUCGGAGACCGUGUCAGACGGCGAGAUGUAUUUAUGUCUAUGACGAUGAACAUGAUUUGGGAGUUCGUGUUUACUCGUUAUCUCUUCGGCAUGGACCGCGAGCAGCGACAGAAGCUCAAGUCGCUGGAGAAGCUCCUCACAGAGGUCGGCCCCGCCCAGGCCGUCCGGCAAUGGCGCGCUGUUACCCUGACGCUGCUUUCUAAGCGUCCUAGCUUCAAGCACCAGCGCGACCUUGACACUGAGGCCGUAGUCCAAGCCAUCUUCCAGACACUGUCCAAGGUUCUCCCGCCACCGUCCAACUUGGAGGACCAGAUUCAAUCACAGCUACGCCGCGUCAUGAGAGAGGCCGUCGACCUCUCCAUCGAGAUGCGGACCCAGCGCGCCGAGUACAUGAUGCUCCCGCCGCUACAACCCGAAUACGACGCAGAUGGCGAGCUCGCCGAUACCGUCACUUUCAACGCUGCGCUCAUGAACGAACGCAGCGGCGACAAGUCCGUCACUAACGAGGCCCUCGAGGCCCAGAACGCCGUUGUCCGCGUCGUUCUCUUCCCCCUCGUCGUCAAGAAGGGGGAUGAUGCCGGCAACAAUGACGAAGAGAUCGUCGUAUGUCCUGCCCAGGUACUGGUGGCUCGGUCCAAGGGCAAGUCUGCGCGUCUUUCCACGCCCGGCAGCGACGUAGGCACAGGAUCAGUUGGCGGCAACAUGGCAGCCAUGCACAGCGAACUGAGCAUGGGCACCUUCCUGCCCGAGCGAGCUUCGAACAAGUGA